GUGUGAGCUUCCUUCCUCUUCUUCUUCAAGCCGCGGCUAAAAAAGAUCCCUACUUGUCUCCUCCUCCUACACUUGCAGCCAUGGCCGCCACCGCAGAAAUCGACGCUGAGAUUCAACAACAGCUUACUAACGAGGUCAAGCUCUUCAACCGUUGGAGCUUUGAUGACGUUUCGGUCACAGACAUUAGUCUUGUUGACUACAUUGGGGUUCAGCCAGCGAAACACGCAACCUUUGUUCCCCACACUGCUGGAAGAUACUCUGUGAAGAGGUUCAGAAAGGCUCAGUGCCCAAUUGUUGAGAGGCUUACAAACUCUCUCAUGAUGCACGGAAGGAACAACGGUAAGAAGUUGAUGGCUGUCAGGAUUGUCAAGCAUGCCAUGGAGAUCAUCCACCUCUUGUCUGACUUGAACCCGAUUCAAGUUAUCAUUGAUGCCAUUGUCAACAGUGGUCCACGUGAAGAUGCUACCAGGAUUGGAUCUGCUGGUGUGGUUAGGAGGCAGGCCGUUGAUAUCUCUCCUUUAAGACGUGUGAACCAAGCGAUCUUCUUGCUCACCACAGGUGCACGUGAAGCUGCCUUUAGAAACAUCAAGACAAUCGCUGAGUGCCUUGCUGAUGAACUCAUCAAUGCUGCAAAGGGAUCUUCCAACAGCUAUGCCAUCAAGAAGAAAGAUGAGAUUGAGAGAGUUGCCAAGGCCAAUCGUUAAGGGAUGUUCCUUUCCUUUAUGUUUGCAUUAUAUCAAAGAGUUUUUGUGCUGUUUCCAUUAGCUUUGGAUAUGUUUCAGAUGAUCUCUCUAUCUUUAAUGAAGUUUUGACGCUUGAAACGACUUGGGAUCUUGAUCAGUUAAACAGUUUUAUAUUUAAUAUUAUUUCAUCUAUAUAUUUCUGA